AGGGCAGCACCCACGGCCGUGUAUGUGCGGGGCCAGCAGGGAACCGCCGCUGGAACGAGAAAGUCAUGACGGUGAAGGAGGUGACUCUGAUCGGUCUGUGUGAUGGGGAGCUGGACUGUAAGAAAUACCAGUCCUCAUAUCUGACCAACAAAGUCGGCGGUCAGCCGGACUGGUGGCCGGUGGUCCCCCGGCAGCCCCCCCGCUGUGGCCGCUGCGGAGCCCCGUUAGCACAGGUGGUGCAAGUGUACUGCCCGCUGGAGGCGUCCCCCUACCACAGGGACCUCCACCUGUUCGCCUGCCCGGGUGCUGAGUGCAGCGGCAGGGCAGACUGUUGGAGGGUGCUCCGCUCUCAGUGUCUGGAGACUGAGGUGACGGCAGCUCAGACAUCCAGCCGGCCCGCCCCGGCCCAGGAGGCGUCUCUGUCGGCCACUGACUGGUGUGAAGCCGCUGAUGACUGGGGGAUGGAGGAAGGGGAUGAUGGGUGGGGAGGAAGCUUGAAGAAGGAAAGCCAGGUUCAGGAGAAGGCAGCAGCUCCCGAGACAGAAGCAGUCAGUGAGAUGGAUGUCAGCAGCAGACUUCAGGAUCUCUGUCUGGGAGGAUCACAGGAAGACGUUCCCGUCUUCCGUCCGUUCUUCAUCAGUGUGAUGGAGGAAUCGGAUCUGUGUGGAGAGGAAGGCGACCUGGAACACGCCCAGAAGCUGCUGAGGGAGUACGAGAGGAGAGAGGGGGUGACGGUAGGAGAGGUGGAAGGUGACGAGGGCGGCGGGGAGGAGAAGUACGAGAAAACCAAAGCCCGACACGGAGACGCCGUCUUCUCCAGGUUCAUGAAGAAGAUCUCGCUGUGUCCUCAACAGAUCCUGCGCUACUGCCGCGGCGGGAAACCUCUGUUCAUCUCCGAGCCGCCGUCCAACCUGGCUCAGGUGGUGUCGGCGUGCGGCUCCUGCGGAGGAUCCAGGACGUUUGAGCUGCAGCUGAUGCCGGCGUUGGUCAGUCUGCUGCGGGGGAAGGACGGCGGCGCUGAGGUGGAGCUGGAGUUCGGGACGGUGCUGGUUUAUACCUGCACCAACAGCUGCUGGACGGCCGGCUCACACUCACCUGUGGAGGAGUUCUGCUUUGUUCAGAUGGACCCAGACCAGCAGCUUUUUAAAUGACUGGAAUGAACAUUAGUCUUAUUUUGCUUUGUGCACUAAAAUUGAAACGAAGAAAGAAGAAAGAAUCUAAAACCGAAUAUGAUUUCUGAGUUUUCAAAGAAUCUAAGAAAUCCCCCGAUUAAAUCACAUCCGUUGUUUUACACGCUGUGCAGAGGAAGUCUGACAGAGCCGAAGAUGUUAAAAGAGCAGAUCGACACUGAAUCACAGACGGAAGAAAUAUGCUGCUACAGGUUUUAAACUUUAAACAGGAAACACACCCAAUCAAUCACACAAGAGAAGAAGUGAAAGAAUAAAUUUGGAGCCAAACCAACAAUGAACUGAUCUACUAACAAGUAUUGUGUGUGUAUCCAAAGCCUGAUAUAUUUUAUUC